CGGGAAUGGACGGUUGGCCCCGCCUGAGGCACGCGUUCAGUGUCUGACAAAGAGUGGGACGAGAUGUGCGAAAACGCGCAUCAUCCACGUUGAAACGUGGCUAGCGAGUUCGCGAGCUUUGAGCGCGUUUCAGUCGCUUCUUUUGGCGGGUCGUGUGUCUUGCACACUUCGCCAAAUUCUACGCCUUUCCAGCUCUGAAUUUUUGCCUGUCGAUUUCGCCGGAUAUUCGGACGCAAAAUAAUUGCCCACGAAGCCUUUUCGUGUCUGCUUCCCUUUCCUGACAUAGUUGACACCCCAGGGUUGUUCUGCUGUCGCGCCAACGUGGAAAGUCCAAAGUUGCAAGACGCACACCGCUCCACGCAAAUCCCGGUUCUGCAUCUUCCAGGAAAGGCUCCCCGAAGGACAAUUGAGCAACUACUCAGCGCGUGUUUCGCCGAGGAAGGGAGGUGAUUGAACUGGACUGUGUGCAGUUCAGGAGUUUCGACGAAAACCCGCGUUUUGCCAGUAUCUGUCACUGUGUGGCUGUGUCCGGCCGUCAACAGGCGACGGCAAACCCGCCAGUCUGCCUCGCGCCUGCUCUGAGGGUAUUCAGUGACAAAGGCGUAGGUUGUUUUCUCAUCUGUGUUCACUGAAUUCGUUAGUUUGGCUGAAGAGGACGGCAGUACAGUUGUUCUUCAACCGCUUUUCUUCGCACUGGUGCCGGAGUCGUUUCUACGAGCAUCAGACCCUGCCCUCUCUCCGUCUCUUGCCUCGUUUUGGCUGCGAUCUAACAGGUGUCUGUGUUGGAUUUUCCAGUGUCUUGUCCAAGAAUUCCUCUGGUUUCUCGCCUCCAUCGACCCGAGUGUCGUGCUGCACGCACAUCAGCUGCGUGUAUCUUUUCCCCCGGCAACAUGACGAGCCACCAUCGUGGAAUGGCGGCCUCUUCCAUGUACGAGGUGACACCGAACAAGCGCGUCGCCGCCUCAGCAUCAGCCCAGCAGUCGUACUACCACCAUGCACCGACAACGUCGUCAAGCACAGCUGCAGAUGCCAGUGGCCAAGAAUCUUUCUUCUCUGGCCUCAGCCUGCAUGACGAGUAUCGCUACGUAAUGCCGGGCACCCAAAGCAAGGACGCGGCCAGCGUGUCGUCUUCGAGCACAGGUAAUUUCAAGACUGUGCACAUGUACCAAGCUGAGCACUCGACAAAGCACACGGCGCUCACAGGUUCACAGGCGUCGACUCCGAUGCCUGAAGAAGGAGUUCCUGGAGCUCGUCUCUAUAGCGUAGCGGGAACGGCUGCGUCCUCCACGCUAUCUGGCACCAGAUCCAGAGCCGCCUCCGGCUCUGGAAUUCCACUUCCCGAGCUGGCGACUACGUCACUCAGCUAUGCUCAGAGAGAUCCGCAGCUCCAGCAGGCGCUGUCUUUGCCGCCUGUGGCUUCGGUGCCCAACCUCGGCGCAGCUACCGGCGCCUCUCAAAAGGAGCAGUAUCCCUCGUCACGCAGUUAUUACGGCUUGCCGAGCAACGAGACUUCCCCACCAGUUCUCUCUCAGGGAGGGCCGAUCUUUCGGUCGGGCUCUCAUGUGAGUGCGUACGGAACGCAUGCAGAUGUGAUAUCGCAGACAAACAGCAUGGUGGAUCGGACCUCGUCGUCGAAAGACGUUUUGGCUCACAGACAAGCUAUCCGCCAGCAGAUCUUCGUCGACUGCGUCUCGCCUCAAGAGCAGCGACCCACCCAAACACAAGGAACGGAGCAGACGGGUGAAGAUGUGACCGAACGCAGCACAGUGGCCGGCGCCGCUACCGCGCCGCAAGCGCCUGGGGGGACGUUGACUGGUGCAGCGUCUUCAGGUCCGCAACAGGAUAGGACUGACUCGAUGUGCGCUUCACAAGGCCCGUGGAGUGGCUCUGUCUCGGCACCGAGGCUCCCAGUGGAUGUAGAGAAGCCCCAAGGGGUGACAGGCCACGGCGUCCCCGGGAGCCACACAUACACCUACACAGUUGGGGAUGCAGAAGAGCAGAGUGCCCUCUUUGGAGGCGACGCGACCAGCUCCUCUUCUGUCAACGGUGCUCAAGAUCUGUCCUAUGGUUACUACUCUUGCGGACCUGCUCAGGCUCCUCAAGUGCACACUGUGCAACAUGUUCCAGGGUACUACGCCCCGGGGUUCGACUACCCUUCAGCCCUGUAUGCCCCGGGGCCGGUGCCAGGAAGCUACGUGACCUAUGACGGCGGAGUGGCGUACGUUCAGAACGCGCCGAUGCCAGGCGAAGCCUAUCCUCCCGCCACCUAUGCGACGAGCUACGGCGGCGAAGCCUACUACAGUCAUCCCCCUUUCAGUGGAACAUACUUUCUGGACGCAGAUGGCAAUACCUACUGGUCCUCCGCCGCUCCGAUGUGCGGCACCCAAGUGUACAUGCAGGUGCCUGAGGCGGUCGGAACCCCAGUGGCGGACACUUCGCCUAACGAGGUGCAUGUUUCUCGUCAAAUCGAUGUGAACACGGGUCAAGGCGGCGACCAAAGGAGAGAAGGCAUCUCCAACGUCGUGCCUCUAGCAUAUGAAGCGGCUCCACGCGGCUAUUCUGCGCGCACUGGAUCGCCCCGACCCCACCAGUGCUCCGUUCAACAUCUUCUGCCUUCGAUGGCCUCCUACUACGGCAGCGAAACUGUGCAGACGCCACGCUCUGAGGACGAAAGUCACCGUGACAGGACGGCGGGGAGGCACGAAGGAAGGGUACAGGGGGAGGGCGACGCGGCAAGGAGAGGCAAAAGAAGGGUGAAAAUGAACUGGUGUUGUGACGCAUUUUAGCCAACCAGUUCGGGUUAACGAAGCCGGUCUCGAUUGAAAAAAAUCCCGUGGCUGCCUGUGUGGGUGAUCAAGACAUUUGUGAGUGAAUUUGGAGGGGAGCGCGCAGAUGGAACGGAAGGAGGGAGAUGUCUGUUUGCAGACUCCUGCGUGAACGCGUGAACACAGCGGAACGCGCGAUGUAUUCUGUGUGAAGCCUUCGAGAUCUGCUUCCACGACAGAGAGCGAUAGUCUUUCUGAUAUUCUACACGCAGUGCCUCUUCGUGGCCUGUGCCUCUUAGCGAGUGGCAAUCGGCAGAGAGUGAAUCGUGACUCCGCACUGCUUGGCGUGUGGGUUAUGUAUGCGUGUGCUUAAAAGUGAGCAGGAGCUCCACAGUUUGUCUGACGAGGAAACGAGAGAGGAAGUGACUUAGCAACAGUUGGCGUUAGCGGCUAAGGGCUUUGUAGGUCCACAAGAGACCGUGGAUUGUUUGCCGCCCUUCAAGACGAGUACGAAAGAACGUGCAUUUUCAUCAUGUGACGACGUGCACCUUCAUACUCUACUUGUCAUGUCUCUCAAAAUGAAGUUUUUUUGACGACAGCGUGUUGUGUUCAAGACUUAUGGAUUAGAUAAUGCUGGUUCUAUUUCGUUCUGCUCUCGACUCAAAGUCGCGGGCUUUUCAUCUAGAGCGUGACGACGUUGCAGAUUUCAGUGAAGUGUUCCGCUUUCGAGUUCGGAGGAGAUAGAAACAGAAAAGAACCACGAGGAC